UAUAACUGACACCACGUUAAAUAAAACAAUCGUAACGUUGCGCUGUCGCAAAUUUGAUCUGUAUUCUAUUUUGUUUGUUUUUUUACAAAACAUCCGCGACUAGCUUGUAGCCCGCUAGCAUCACCUACCGCUAGCCUUGUUUACGUUUCACAUUUCUCACUUACCGCUGUUCUGUUUUUAAAAAAAAAACAAACAAACAAAUAUGUCUGCUGUCUCUCCGGUUUUGAGUGCAGAUGAGGACUCGCUUGAGCUUCACAUGGUGCGGCUGGAACUGGAGGAUGUGGAGAAGCAGAUCCGCGGCCUACUCGACAAGCAGGCCCAGCUGCUGGAGCGACAAACUGCGCUGGAAACAUCUUGUGCCUCUGCUCACAUAUCCAAGGUAAGCACACAGCGUGGUAUUUCCACUCCCAGCCCCUCUACGCCGUGUGUUUCUCUGUGCAGGGACCGUGCACCUAGGACUUUCCCAGCCGUGGUCUCCGUAACGCCAGCGCCAACACACCUCGGGCCUUGGGUAAACCAGCGGCGAAAGGCGCGGGCUGGACCUUCUCCACCUCCAGUGUUCGAGAUUCCAACCAGGAACCGCUUCGCCCCUCUCCGCCAGACCAGACCCAACACUGUGAUCGUCGGGGACUCCAUUGUGCGGAACGUCCGUGUAGCCUCAUCUAAAGGUAAGGUGCGCACACACUGUUUUUCUGGUGCUUGUGUCCUUGAUGUCGCUGCGCAGGUAUCCGGGAUCCUGAAGAAAGACGAGCGCAUUGGAGCGGUUGUGCUGCACGCGGGGACGAACGACACCAGGCUGCGGCAGACGGAGGUGCUGAAGAGGGACUUCUCCAGCCUGAUCGAGACGGUACGAGGCAGAUCACCUACCGCGAAGAUCAUCGUCUCUGGACCUCUUCCCACAUACAGACGUGGAGCAGAAAAGUUCAGUAGACUUCUAGCAUUAAAUGAUUGGUUAGUCUCUUGGUGUAAUGAGCAGAAUCUGGUGUUUGUCAAUAACUGGAAUCUGUUCUGGGAGCGUCCUAGGUUGUUUCGUCCUGAUGGCCUGCACCCCAGCAGCCUUGGAGCGGAACUGCUUUCAGACAACAUUUCCAAGGCGCUACACUCCAAGUGACUGCCUAUCAUUCUGUUCUACUUUCUCCCUCUCUCCUUUCGCCGAGCCCCACACGAAUUUAUGGAGAUACUAGAGAUCCUGAUCCUUUCAGCCUCUGGAUGGAGCUCAAAUCUUCUUUAAUUCCAGACUGCUGGG